AAAUGGCAUCCGUCAUAUUUCUCUAGAAGAAACAAGCCCGAUUGGUAUCAGAAGUCUGAUAGGAAACUAUUUCUGUUCCGAAGUUGAUGAGAAUUUGUGUAACAGAGUGAAAAGGUUUAUUGCGCGAGCUGCGUUAGUACCACUUCCAUUCCUCAUACCUGCACUUGCUUUUGAUUACAUAAUCUUCGACAAACACCAAACUGGCGAAAUACGCACUGAAAUUGUUUUGCAUUCCUCCCACAGCCGGCGUUACCGCGUAAAUUACCUAGUGUUUAUUUAGUCCCUUGAGGAUAUUUUAGGUUAUAUAAGCGGUAUUAGACAUGAAGACAGGGCAGAAAUGGACCAGGUUUUUUGACGCUCCCUCUCGCUCGGAGUAGUCAACGUUUAAGAAGUGUAAUAAGGAAAUUACAAGUGGCAGAAUAAACGUGACGAAAGUGCAAAAACUGGUUCGUGAUACUCUUCUACGUGGAUACGACAUAUAUCCAAAUCAGAAAUUCUCCUGACUUUGGACUUAACGCAACCACUUUUUUUAGUGUGGUUGACAUUUUAUUUUCUUCAGGCAUUUUUCGAUUCUUUUUUUAAUGUGUCCGCCAUUAAGAAGCCGUGUCUCAUUUGCCGGUUCUUUAAACCGAAACUCAGAUACAAUGAUAACCUUCCUCAGAAAAUUGUCAAUCACUUACGCUUACAACCAUUAAUUUUAGUCACAUCUGGUACGCUAUUCCGUAAAUGCCUUGUGAGGUAUUCUAAAAUGUAUCGAUCUAUAUUGCCUUCUUGGCAGUUGUCUUGGUGGGAAGCAGGUGCUUCUACUAUUUGGCUCCUCCGUUUUACCAUGUUCAUUGUUUUCUUGUUAACGAUUCCAUUCGCAGCUGUUAUUCUACUUGUAGCAAUGCUCGUAGUAGUUACAGUUAGCACUGUACGUUUUACAUCUCCCAUCGGUGUGAUCACCUCAAUUGGUGCCCCCAAGUUGGUUACAAAACGAAACUACUGUUUUUCAAGUGUUUUAGCUUUUAUACGGCGAUCCCUUAGUCACAUGAUUUUGGUUAUAGCAUGUAUCGUUUUGUUAAAGGCAGCGUUUGGAUUCGCGACAGCUAUAGCUAUACUUGUUUAUAUGCUUAUAUUUUCUGAGAAAGGCCUCCCAUAUUUGGUCUGCUUCGUUCUCGUUUUUUAUUACUUGUGGAAUAGCUAUAGUUCUUUCACUAACAAAUACCAUGAUCUCUCUCUAACGCUCUUUAAGGUUUACAAACAAACACAACAGGAUGACGAAAUAUUCGGAAGGGAACCACAAACGGUGGAUCAUGAGCAAUUAGAUAUGCCUGGUAAUUCUUUCUCCAAGCGCUACGAGGUUAGAAUUCUGGAGGAGCUUUUAAACAUGGCGUGUGAAGAACUAAUGCCUAAAAGAGAAAGUGUGUGCAUACUGCUUUUAAAAGUCACUUUAAUUCUUAGUUUUGUCUAUCUUACUUUCCUGUUGAUAUUACGUUUUGAUAUUGGAGCGACACCUGUGAUGCAAGCAUUAGCCACAUUUUUUACCGGAUCAUUUCCAAAGAUCCUUGCCAUUUAUUUUGACGGGAAUAGACAGAGAAGACGUGAGUCUGCCGUUAUAGAGGAAAAAGUUCCUAAAAUUGUACAAGAUUACAUGAAA